GUAAGAUUCUAUUGAAGUAUAGAAAUUUUAGUGACGGAGGGCAUUGACAAAACGGUUUCAAACUGUGGGCAUAACUCUCAAGCUCUAAGGUAGACUGCCUUACCAUAUGUAACUUCUUUAUUCACAAUAAUCAUAUUUGACCAAAAUGAUCAGUCAAAACUACCGGUCAGCGACUUUAUCUGCUGCUGUCGUACUUGCAUGCCUCUGGAUAGCUGUAGCUAAAGACUGGUAUUUGGACCUUCCGGGUGACUACUGCCGUAUACGUCGACCGACGACGUGCUGUCCAGGCAGAGACGACUCGUGUACAAUGCCAAUACUGGACACCAUCUGCUACUGUGAUAUGUUCUGCAACAGGACUAACAGCGAAGACUGCUGUCCAGACUUUUGGGAUCAUUGUUUGGGAGUAAGAAGGCCACCCUCACCAGAACCUGUCAUUCAAUCUCAUUGUUAUCACGGAGGAAACAGCUAUAACGUAGGACAGAAGAUUAAGAAAAACUGUAACAUGUGUGAAUGUCGCCACACUACGUCAGAAAAGUUUGAAUUUGUGUGUGAGGACAAACCUUGUCUCAUCCAACCGAAUCUUAUUGAAACUGUCAAUCAAGGAGACUAUGG